UCUACAUGAAACACCCGUCUUGAAGGUAGAAUAUGUGUCGCCGUCGGAUGAUGAAAGGUUGCCUUUUAUCACGUCAACCACGUCUCUUCACAAUCAACUUUCAGCAUGCAUAACCGUAAAACCGCAAAAACCGUCAAAGAGAGCCACAUUAGCAGCAGAAAUGGCGAAGCAUGAUCAUAAUUUAGCAAUCAUCUUGCGUCAUUCUAACGCGACGCCUAUACGCGGUCACUUUGACACGGGCUAUGUGUGCUUCUUUUGCCCGCUGGAGUUCCCCGACCCGGCCGAUCUCAAAACACACACUCUCAACUCCCAUAACGACAUAAAACCGAAACGGUCUCAACGUUCCGAGCACUAUUCUGUAAAACUUGACAUCACAAACUUAACAUGCAAGCUAUGUUUAAGAAGUUGCGCUCAACUCACCGAAUUCAUGCAUCACUUGCAAGUCGAUCAUGAUCAACUCAUUCAUGCUGAUAUCAAAAAUUACUUCUUGCCUUUUCGAUUCGACAGCGGUAAAGUAAAAUGCGCAUCGUGUGAACGAGAAUUCACAGCUUUCAGAAAUGCAGUAGAACAUAUGAAAAGUCAUUACAGAAAUUACAUUUGCGACAUUUGUGAUGCGGGAUACGUCACCCAAGCUAACCUACGAACUCACCAAAAAACUCAUGAGAAUGGAAAUAACCAAUGCAAACAAUGCGACCAAGUCUACAAUACUAAGUCGAAGUUAGCUAAUCACAUUCGCUCCGCCCACAAAGGCCAAAGUAAAAGGUACAAAUGUGUCCAUUGCGGCGAAAAAUUCUGUAGUUUAGUCAUGAAGAACAAUCAUCUAGUUAAAGAGCAUGGAGUAGCUCCCAUGAGAGCCGAGUGUACGGCUUGUGAUAAAGUCUUCUCGAACAACAGUAGUCUACGAACACAUUAUAAGACCUUUCAUUUGAUGGUAAAAAGGUUUAAGUGUUCAGUUUGUAAUAUGGAAUUUGCAUAUAGCCACGAUUUAAACAGGCACAUGUUGAAACAUACAGGUGCUCGUGAUUUCAAAUGCGAUAUUUGCGAGAAAGCGUACGCAAGGAAGUCUACGUUGACGCAGCAUAUGAUGAUACACAACAAUGACCGCAGGUACAAGUGCAACCAUUGCGAGAUGGCGUUCGUCCAGAAAUGCACUCUGAAAUCGCACAUACAGUCAAAACAUAAAUAGAAUCGGAAU